AUGCUUAGGUUUAUUCUUCGUCUUCUUCUUCUGCCAUGGCUUCUUCUCCUGCUCAGCUCAGUCUUCUCUUCGGCUUCGGCUAAACCUGCACCAUUUGCUAUGCGCAUAAGCUGUGGAGCUCGUCAGAAUGUUCAUACAAAGCCAACCAAUACACUGUGGUUUAAGGAUUUUGCAUAUACAGGAGGCAUACCUUUUAAUGCAACACGCCCAAGUUAUAUCAGUCCUCCACUUCAGUCACUUCGGUAUUUUCCCCUGUCUGAAGGCCCUGAAAAUUGUUACAUCAUCAAUAGAGUUCCCCGGGGACACUACUCAGUAAGGAUCUUCUUUGGAUUGCUUGCACAACAGAACUAUGACAGUGAACCUUUAUUUGAUAUUUCUGUCGAAGGCACUCAGGUUACUUCAUUAAAAUCUGGUUGGAGUAGCCACGAUGAUGAAACAUUUGCUGAAGCACUAGUGUUUCUUAAAGAUAGCUCUGUGUCUAUCUGCUUCCAUAGCACUGGUCAUGGGGAUCCAGCAAUUCUUUCCCUUGAAAUUCUCCAAGUUGAUGAUAAAGCAUACCAACUUAGCCAGCAAUCGGGUCAAGGAAUAAUCCUUAGAACAGUAACAAGAUUGAGCUGUGGUACUGGGAAGCCAAAGUUUGACGUAGAUUAUGGCGGGGAUCAUUGGGGCGGGGACAGAUUUUGGAAUUACAUAAAGACCUUUGGUCAGAGUACUGAUACAGCCCGAUCUACUGAAGCCAACAUUAAGCAGGCUUCAAAUCCACCAAACUUUUAUCCAGCAGCUCUUUAUAAAAAUGCAAUUGUUGGUACUUCUAGUCAGCCCGAUUUAGAAUAUACAAUGGAUGUGGAUCCCAAUAGGAACUACUCAAUUUGGUUACACUUUGCUGAGAUUGAUUCUACAGUCACUGGUGUAGGGCAAAGGGUAUUUGAUAUCCUGAUAAAUGGUGACACUGAAUUUCAAGAUGUGGAUGUUAUCAAAAUGAGUGGGGACCGUUAUGCUGCUCUUGUACUUAACACAACUGUCGCUGUAAGCGGGAGGACUUUAGCAAUAACCUUGCGCCCUAAAGAAGGUGAUCAUGCCAUAAUCAAUGCCAUUGAGAUCUUUGAGGUUAUAAUGGCCGAGUCGAAAACUGUACCAGAAGAAGUUAAGGCGUUACAGACUUUAAAGAAAACAUUGGGGCUUCCUGUUCGGUUGGGGUGGAAUGGUGAUCCAUGUGUUCCUCAACAACAUCCAUGGAGUGGAGCAGACUGCCAAUUUGAUAGAACUAGCAGCAAAUGGGUCAUUGAUGGACUGGGUCUUGACAAUCAAGGUCUGAAGGGAUUUUUGCCAGAUGGCAUAUCAAAAUUACAUCAUCUUCAGAGCCUAAAUUUGAGCGGAAAUAACAUUCAUGGAACAAUUCCAUACUCCCUUGGAACAAUAACAAGCUUAGAAGUACUGGACCUCUCCUUAAAUUCCUUCAAUGGAUCAAUUCCUGAAUCCCUCGGACAGUUGACAUCAUUACAAAGACUUAAUCUCAAUAGCAAUUCUCUGUCCGGAAGGGUCCCAGCUGCUCUAGGAGGAAGGCUUUUACACAGAGCUAGCUUCAACUUCACUGACAAUCAUGGUCUUUGUGGUAUACCUGGACUGCCUACAUGCGGGCCACACCUUACUGCUGCGGCAAAGAUUGGAAUUGCAUUUGGUGCGUUGUUGUUGUUCCUACUUCUUGUCAUCUGUUCAAUAUGCUGUUGGAAAAGGCGGCAGAAUAUCCUCCGAACGCAGCAACUUGCUGCAAGAGAAGCUCCAUAUGCAAAGGCAAGGACCCAUUUAUCACAAAACAUUCAGAUGAACCGGCAGCAUAAUCAUCAUGCCCAAUCUCGAACGGCAGCUGAGACUGGGCCCAUCUUGCUUUCAUGA